UGACGCUGGUUUCGUAGCCAGUUUGCGGGCAUUGAAUCUCAGGCUUGACGGAGUUUCGAAACCCACUUGGGACUUUCAGCCUUCAUGGAGGCCCUGGAAUCCUCUCGAAUCUCUCGCACCUCAGCCCUGUCUUGCACAACAAGUUUCCUUCAUCUUACUUCAUCUCUGAUAAACCCCUUCUCCGCUUCUCAUGCCCACUCAAUCGAACGCUUUCAAUUGCUCUUCAACGUCUCAGUGGUUCUGAUCAGAUUCUCAAUUGCUCAUAUAGGGUUGAUCACUUUGCGCAUAUUUGAAUCGCAGAGCUUGGUGGCGAUCGUCAGGUUUCCUCAAGGUGGGUUUGGAGGGGGGCGGGAACGGAGGAAUUUAGGGGGUUGGUCGGUGUUGGGUUUUUGUAGCGGGCUGCGGAAUUGAGUUUAGAGUCGGAAAUGGAGUUUCCCGAUUUGGGACUGCAUUGCAGCGAGGAGACGUGCCAUCAGCUCGACUUCUUGCCUUUUAAGUGUGAUGGUUGCCGCAAGGUCUUUUGUCUGGAGCACCGGACCUACAAGGCACACAGCUGCGCGAAUGCGAAUCACAAGGACGUCAGCGUUCAAAUAUGCCCUGUUUGCGCAAUGAGUGUGAAGACCGUGUUUGGAGAAACCGUCGAGCUCACAAUGAAGAAACACCAGCAGAGCAAAACCUGCGACCCAAGGAAUUACGUCAAAAUGACCAAGAAACCAAAGUGCCCCGUGCGGGGAUGCCGCGAAUUGCUAACCUUCUCCAACAAAUACUGCUGCAAUGCUUGUCAGAAAACUGUGUGCCUUCGACACAGGUUCCCUUCAGAUCACGCCUGCGGGAUCGCUCCAACUAGAGCGACAGCGCAAACUGCCGCAGGAUCGAAGUUUCUGGCGUCGUUUGCGUCACGACAUUCGGACAUGGAUUGUGGCGCCGAGAGCAACCGGAUGGCGUCGCUCUACAUCUUCGAGAAGAAAAUCGACCAGGAGAAAACGCCCACGGUGAAACCCUAGUUUGAUUCCGAAGCAGCUCUUUGUACACAUAUCGACGUAGAACGAUGCCCACAUGAAUUUAAGAUCGCGAGCUCAUUUUAUAGAACAAAAUCCCCCCCCCCCUCGAAUUUUUUGGGUAUUCGCUCCUGAUCGUUGAUUUUUGGCCUCAACGAGAUGCUUAGGGUAACGAUGAUUUAGGGUUUUACUGUUGCCCAAUGUGCGAUAUAAUUCGCUAAAUCAACAUAAAAAAGGGUUCCCAUCACCUUUUUAGAUCAUGUUGAAAUCUGAACUUGGUGACUUGUAAAUUCAAAUGUUUCCUCAAGGGGAACUUUAAUCUAAAUUUAUGACUUUUUAAGAGACAAA